AAAGUAUGCCGUUAAAUAAAUAUCGUGUGAAGCAACGCAGGAUGUAAUGUAACGUAACAUCCGCCUUGUACAACCUCUUUCCGUUGAGGCUCAGCUAGCGGCCGGCCUGCCAAGAUGCAGAUCUUCGUAAAGACGUUGACGGGGAAAACCAUCACCCUUGAGGUAGAGCCCAGCGAUACCAUCGAAAAUGUCAAGGCUAAGAUCCAGGAUAAGGAAGGCAUUCCCCCUGAUCAACAGCGUCUGAUAUUUGCUGGCAAACAGCUUGAGGAUGGUCGCACUUUGUCAGAUUACAACAUCCAGAAAGAGUCCACCCUGCAUCUGGUGCUUCGCCUGCGAGGAGGCAUCAUUGAGCCGUCUCUGAGACAGCUGGCUCAGAAGUACAACUGCGACAAAAUGAUCUGCCGCAAGUGCUAUGCUCGCCUUCAUCCUCGUGCUGUCAACUGCCGCAAGAAGAAGUGUGGGCACACCAACAACCUGCGCCCCAAGAAGAAGCUGAAGUAAUCUGUUGGCAAGAUAUUUUGUGGGAUAUGCAGAAGCUUUAUGUUAAAUAAACGUAAAAAAAA